UUUCUGUAAUAAUUCAAAGCUAAUAACAACCAUUACUGUUUUGUUGACCAUGUCUGCAGUUUUAUUUAUUUCACACUAUUCAUCAACAAUUAAGUUGACUGUGCAAGAUUCGUCUGUUAUAAAGGAAUGCGUUGAAACGUCGUGCGAAAGAUUGCAGCUUGAUUUUAAUAAUAAUUAUUCCUUAUACUAUAACAAUAACGAAUUGCCAUUGGACUCGUCAAUUAAAUCGCUAGAUAUAAUAUCAGGUUCAAAGCUCACUCUUAAAAAAUCGUAUUUAUCCAUUUCCAAUUCAUCUAAAAAUGAUUCAAUUGUUAAUAUUAAAAUCCAGAUUUUAAAUUCAAAUCCAAAUGACCAGGCUUAUUUGAGGAAAUUGAGCAAUGGUUUGUUUAUUCACAAAUUUAAUUCACAACUAGCUACACUAAACGAUCUUCUAAAUGAGUUUCAAGAAAUUUUAAAUUUCAAUUUAAUUGAUAAAGAACCUUCUUUUCAAAUCGCAAAUAAAAACAUCACAAAUACUGCUAACCAAUUUAAUAAAUCUUUAAAAUCUUAUGGGUUGAUUAAGGGCAAUCAGGUUCUAAGAAUAAAAUUAAAUUAUAAAGUUUCACAAAAUUCUAAUAACAAUCAAUCUAAUUUGCCUAGUUUGAUUAAAAGCAAAAAAUUCACCCAAAGUUCUAACAUCGAAAGUAAAAACGAAGAUAAAAAUGAAAAAACUGUACAAACUAAAAAAAGCAACAAUAAUUUCAAUGCCGACACAAGUGAUGCUCUCAAUGUUGAUGACAAAAUCACUUUUCAAGUCUUCAAGCAAUCAAAAGGAAGUUUUGUUCAGGAAACCAAUGAUAUUGAUGAUAAAGUCUAUGACAUGACAGUUUCACAAGCGAAAAAAUAUCAAAAAAUAUUAUUUGACAAAGCAAAUAGAAAAUCUGAUUACGUUGAAGCUAAGCUUAAGAAGGAAAGAGAGGAAAGGGAAAAAAAGCAAUCUCAGACAAUUGCACAAACACCUAAAAAAGUAUCAAUUAGAAUCAGAUUUCCUGAUAGCAAUUUCGUCCAAUUAUCUUUUAAUUCAAAUAACAUUUUAAAAGACAUUUUCCAAUUUUUAAAUGAAAAUAUCUUAAUUCAAAAUUUAAAUUUUAAAUACAAUUUAAUUUUACCCAAUGUUUUCAUAAAACAACCAAGAAAUCCUCGUACAAAAAAAUUGAUUUACGAUGAAAACAAUUUACCUAAAAUCUUGGAAUAUAAAGAGUAUUUAAAUCAGGACUCACUGAUUAUGAAAAUCAAAAUAUCUAGUUUAAGUAAUACAUCCGUUGGAUUUGAAUUAUUGGAUAAUACCGAUAAAAGCUUGGUUUCUCGAAAUCAUAAUUACAAAGGUCCCUUUAUUAAACAAGAAUACUUAAAAGAAGCUAAGGAUUUAGGUUUUCCAACAGGUGGUAAUGCUAAUUCAUCAAACACUACUGGCAAAGAUAGUAAAAGUGAAUCCAAAAAUGAUAUUAAACAUGAGAUAAAAGAUAAGUUGAACAGUUACAAAGAGAAAAAAAUUCCAAAAUGGCUUAAGCUUGCUAAAAAGUAAUAGAUUUUUAACUUUUAUAGCACAAUUACUAUCUAAUAAAUAUCAAUCAAUAUAGCUUUUUUAAAAGUGACUUGAUGAGCUGUAUCAAUAUUGCAUUUCAUAUGAUUAUAAAAUACUGUUGUCUAAACUGAAGAAAGAUUCAAUCACAGAAUAAAUACUAGUUUUUUU